AUGGUUCAGGAUAUGAUUGAAGCAGAUGAACAUUGUAUUUCGUCAGAUAUUGGCCCAUCUACUGUACGAGUCAUAAAUACAGAAAAUUUAAAGCAAUCAGAUGAAAAUGAGUCUAUUUGUAGCAGGGAUAUAAAUGAACCAGAUAAACAUAUUUCAUCAGAUCCUGGUCCAUCUACUGUUGCCAUUAAUCCAGCUGAUCCAAGUACUUGGCCGAGUUCUGAAAAUCUUGAAGACACACAGCGGGCUUAUCUUAUCAAAGAAAUUUCGUCGUUUUUUCCUGAUAUUGAUUUCUCCAAGACCGAACGCGAGGGUAGGCACUUGACUAAAUCUAUGUGGUACAGAAUACUUUCCAAUGGGAAAACCAUUAAAAGAAGCUGGUUAACCUACUCAAAACCUAAAAACGCCCUUUUUUGUGCUUAUUGCAAAGUAUUCAGUAGUCGGACCAGUGGUCCCAGUAGUCAAGUGACAUCUACAUUGGUAACUACUGGUUUUAUAAAUUGGAAAAAGGCAUCAGAAAGGAUUGAUCAACAUGAAAGAUCGCUCAACCACAAACAAUGCGAAAUAAUAUGGAAAACCAGAUCUAUAGCAAUGAAAACGUGCAAAGGCAUCGACAAGGAACUGGAGAAGUCAAUAGAAUUUGAAAAACGCAAGUGGAAAGAGGUCCUCUUUGCAGUGAUUGAUGCUGUGAUGUAUUUAGCUACGAAUUGUCUGGAAUUUCGCGGAUCUGAUGAAAGCAUUGAAAAUAUUUUGGAACAGAGUCAUUCCCAUAGUCGGGGUAACUUUUUAAAUCUAAUGAUUCUAUUGGCAAAGUAUAAUCCUUCACUUACCAGUGUUCUAUCAAAUAUUAAAAAAGGGCAAACAUCCUAUCUGUCUAAGACCAUACAAAACGAGGUAAUCGAGCUAUUGGGUAACACAUGCAGAGACCAACUUCUCUACAAAAUUAAGAAAGCAAAAUAUUUUACCAUCAUGUUUGACUGUACCCCUGACACCUCAUACACCGAGCAAAUGAGUCAAGUAAUUCGGUACGUCGAAAUUGAAACUGAAAGUUGUUCAAUUAAAGAAACCUUCAUUGACUUUAUCGAGGUAGAGGGAAAGACAGGGGAAUAUUUGACUAGUCAAAUUCUGGAAAAGUUAAGAAACGAUGGGUUAGAUAUUCAGCAGUGCCGUGGCCAAUCGUAUGAUAAUGGCUCCAACAUGUCUGGAAUCCAUAAAGGUGUUGAAGCAAGAAUUUUGCAACAAAAUGAACUGGCCGAAUUUGUGCCUUGUAUUGCGCAUUCGUUAAACCUUGUGGGAAUGCAUGCCGCGCUAGCCUCUACAGAAGCAGUAAAAUUAUUUGGAGUGGUCCAAAAUGCACCAAGACAAAGCUGCAGGGCUCUAGCCAAACCAGGUGGUCUGCAAAGUAUCAGGCCGUAA